AUUUACAUUAAUAAAGGAGCAUUUAGUCGAAUUUAACCAAUUGGCAAUGGCAAAUGCAGAAGGUUCUGACAACAUGCUGAAUCGAGUAAUGCCAAAGGAUAAUAUCGGAUUGGCUGCCCUGCUUAGGACCAAGGAGGCUGCCUGGGACAAUGGCCUUCCAUCUGAUCCAGCACAAGUUCAACAACCGAUUUUAGUUUGCACAGCCCACAUUCAUUGGGAUCCAGAAUUUUGCGAUGUUAAAUUAAUACAGACAAUGAUGCUCAGUAAUGAAUUACGUUCCAUUUUGGACCAAGCUGGCCAGUCUUUCAGACCUGGUCACAAGCCUGAUUCUUCCAAUGUUCAACUGUUACUUUGUGGUGACUUCAAUUCUCUACCUGACUCUGGUGUAAUUGAAUUUCUUACUUCGGGACGAGUAGCGGCUGAUCACCGUGACUUUAAAGACUUAGCUUAUAAAUCAUGCUUACAGAAGAUCUCUGGUUGCGAUAAACCUAAUGAAUUCACUCAUUCUUUUAAACUUGCAUCUGCAUAUAGUGAAGAUAUCAUGCCCUAUACUAAUUAUACAUUCGAAUUCAAAGGUAUAAUAGAUUACAUUUUCUACUCGAAACAAAGUAUGGUACCAUUAGGACUUUUAGGUCCUCUAAGUGCAGAUUGGUUUAAAGAACAUAAAGUAGUUGGUUGCCCACAUCCACACGUUCCAUCUGAUCAUUUUCCUUUAUUAGUAGAGCUUGAAAUGACACCAACAGUAGGAACAAGCAAUGGAUUGAUCUCACGCAGGUAGCAACCGCUGCGAUCUAGGCCCAAGUAAAUAUAAGGGAAUAAUAAAAGAUAAUAAGAAAGAAAUCCCCAUCACAUUUUCUCUUACUUCUGGCUCUAGCAAUAUCACUCGCAGUCGACAGUUACUUCAAUAAUGAAUGUUACAAAUACUCCAUAUUACCGCACAUUCAACACAAGUUAUUAGAUACUGAUGAAUAAUUCUAAUGACCAGGUGAAGGGAGGUGUGUUGUAAUGCGUUUAGCCCAUGUAUAGUGUAUUGCAUUUUUAAGAACUAACUUUCCCAUAUUAAGAGUAUUUUAACCUUUACUACCAUCGUAAUAUGUAGAUACCUAUUUUCCUACAAAAAGAUAUUCCGAUCAAGCCUCUGUGAUAUUCACAUUAACAAUUGGAACAACUCACAUAUUUAUUAACAAAUUAGUAUCUACUAGAAAAUCCCUAAUCUCUUCCUAAAUGUCAUUACAACAUUCUCCAAGCCAACUUUUUGAUAAGAAUGCUGCCAUCCAAUGAGAAAUUGUAUUUUUAAAGAAAACAAAAACAAAAAAUAUGAAAACAUACACACUAUACUGGGCUGUGCGAAGUGAUUGGAGUUAACUUAACGAUUUCAAUGCAAGUACAAAUCUGUUCUUAUUGGCCACGUAUAUUGAGAAUGAUAAUGUUAUAUAAGUAAAUAGAUAAUAUUGUAGCGAGUGUAUUUGUAAGUAUAAUAAUGUAAUGAUGUUCAUCAUUCACAGUAUCCUGAAAAUCAGUUGACAUUCAUUCAUUAGACGUUCAGUUCCAGUUAUUAUAAAUAACGAAUACUAAUUUACUACUUGUUAAUUCAGUUGCAUAUAAUCUAAAUUGUAUAGCAAACACUUAUUUUUUCUAAUCUUACUUUGUAUUAUAUAUAUUUCUUCUUUAAAUUUUCAGGGUUUGUAAGUAUUGUUAUAUUAAAUACAAUGAUUUUUUGAGUCAGUAAUAGCGAUCUUAUUAAGCGUUUAUAAUUUUUAUCUAACAUAAUUCAACACAAAAAUAAAGAUUGGAACAAAUUUCUAUCCAUCUAUUUCUCAUACAACAUCUGUUCCUGUAAGGAAAAUGUAUGCAAUUUCAUUUAUCAUCGACGUAAUAUUUUAUUGUAUCAUAAUACAUUUUAUUAUGCUGCACAAAAAAUGUUAUAAUAUCUUUGUAAAUGUUUUAUAAAUAUUUUAGUAGGCCUCAAA